CAACAAUCUGAGCCCACCGAGUUGAUUCUCUCCAUCUGACAGCACGGAAAGGCGGCGAGUCACACACGUCGCAGCGGGGAAGCUGGUUGAAACCGCAUUAAACGGAUAAAUGUCUGAUGCAGCAGAAAUUUCAAGAAAGGAAGAAGAGGAGGACACUAACCCUGAACCAGAAGAACCAUCUGACGACAGUAGUGAAGAAGAGGCCUCUGGAGACAGAGAGAUGGACUUCCUGCGUAACCUUUUCUCUAGUACCCUGGGCCUAGGCUCAGCAGAGAAAGUUCUUGACGAGUUAACCUUGGAAGGCAUAGCUCGGUACAUACAGAGUGGCAAAUGCAAAAACAUUAUCUGCAUGGUGGGUGCAGGGAUAUCCACAUCGGCUGGUAUUCCUGACUUCCGCUCCCCAGGGACCGGUCUCUAUGCCAACCUGCAGAAAUACAACCUUCCCUACCCAGAGGCCAUCUUCCAGAUAGACUACUUCAAGAAACAUCCGGAGCCAUUCUUUGCUUUGGCCAGGGAACUUUACCCUGGCCAGUUUAAGCCAACAGUGUGUCACUACUUCAUGAAGCUGCUAAAGGACAAAGGGCUUCUGAGACGUUGCUACUCACAGAAUAUCGACACCCUGGAGCGUGUGGCCGGUCUCCAAGGAGAAGACUUGAUUGAAGCCCAUGGCACAUUCUACACCUCCCACUGUGUCAGCUUUUGUUGUCGCAAAGAAUACACCCUAGAAUGGAUGAAAGAAAAGAUCUUCUCUGAUGACAUUCCGAGUUGUGACAAGUGUAACAGUCUGGUCAAGCCAGACAUUGUCUUUUUUGGAGAGAAUCUACCUGUCCGUUUUUUCACUUCAAUGAAGAUGGACUUUCCUCGAUGUGAUCUUCUCAUCAUCAUGGGGACGUCCCUGCAGGUCCAGCCAUUUGCUGGUCUGGUUGGCAGGGUUUCAAAAAGCUGUCCCAGAUUGCUCAUCAACAUGGAAAAGGCAGGACAGGCUGAUCCGCUUUUAGGGAUGUUAGGCUUUGGAGGAGGGAUGGACUUUGACUCGGAUAAGGCUUACCGAGAUGUAGCCCACAUCAGUACAUGUGAUGACGGCUGUACGGCUCUAGCCGACCUGUUGGGAUGGAAGGUGGAGCUGGAAGAGAUGGUGCAGAGGGAGCACGCAAGGAUCGACAGCCAGGACAAGAAAGUCGAGGCCAAAGAGAGCAAAGGAGCUGAAGGGAGGGCAAGCUCUGCAUCCGUGGUACCAGAAACUAAGAAAGAAGAGUAACCAGAUAGAAAGAUCAAUUUUUUGCCAUGGCAAUCGAUGACAUAACAUUUUGGAGUUGUCUUUUAAAAAGAGAUAAGGAUAUUGGGGGGUAUUAUCUUCAAUUGAUGAAGCAUCAAAAAUAAUUGUGUAAUAUAUAUAUAUAUAUAUAUAUAUAUAUAUAUAUAUAUAUAUAUUAUGUGUGUGUAUAUGUAUAUAUAGAUGAGAGAGGAAUGUCAUCUCUAUAUAGACGUUGUCCCAUCUAAAGACUUGUUAUCCUACUGAACAAACCCAGUAGACUUCUGGCAUCUCUCUGUGGUUUUUCCUUGGUUCAUGUCAGUUAGGUGCACUUUACUAACUAAUAACUUUACUUUCUUAUGAUCAUUAAAUUAACUCGCAUCUUUCUGUGUCAUACAUUUUAUCUCUUCUCGAGGCAGGUAAUUCUAUGCAUAAGCAGAUUUUAGUGCAAAGAACUGCGAUAUUGUUCAUGUUUGCUUACUGUGCAGCCACACAGCUAAAUUAUGAGUGACCGUCUGUCAUGAUUCUGGUGCUUGUAAGGUUGCAGAUCUUACGAUGGCCGGAUGGUGUUUAUCCUCAUACAAACCCCAGUUGGAAAAAUUGACUGUGUUUACAUGGACGCAGUUACCAGAUCCAGGUUUUUUUUUGCUAAAUAACACAAUAGUGCAAUGUACAAUUAAGUUAUUGAUUGAAAUUUUGUGAAAAAACUUUACUUUGAUUACACUUUAUAUGCGACUAAGGAUAAUUCUGGUAAUGAUGAUUAAUGUUGAAUGCCCCGUUCCCCCAUCAAACCUGAGGACAGAUUUAGGAUUGGAACAGCCCAAAAGUACUGAGAACCCUUCUUGUAUUUGCUUAUUUUUCUGUGUAAACAGUAGCUUUGCCAACACCAGAUGAGUGUCGUUUGUCCAGCUCUUAUGAGUGCCGGAAAGCUUUGUGAGAACACCUUUUGAGAGAAAUAGUGUGAAUGAGGUGUAAACAAAGUUUAAAUAAUCCAACUAACCAUCUUCCACCAUCAAAAAGACAUGCAUGUUCGGGUUACUACUCCUGCCUGUGCCCCUGACCAAGGCGAUGGAAAGAAGAAGUGGAGUUGGUCCCCGGGCGCUGUAGCUGCCCACUGCUGCUACACAAUAGGAUGGUUACAUGCAGAAGACAAAUUCAUUGUGACCUGUGCAAUGACAGGAAUGAAGUGACUUUCUAACAUCAGAAUACGCCACAUAUUUUGAUCUUAAUACAUUCACUGUGGUUGACACCUUGAUAGGACUGUAAAUAUAAUACCAAAAUAAUAAUUAUAAUGUACACAAUUUUUAUUAUUUAAUUUUGGUUAAUAUUGUAUUUCCUCCAUAAUCCUGAAUUCCUGUUCUCAUAUCUGUGAUGUCUGUCAGUAUACUAUUUUUAAGUUUAUUAAUCUUGUGAUAGUUUUCUUGUUUUAUUUAUCCAUUGUUGUGGAACAAACUCUGUAAGUCAGCAAAAUAUCAGGAACAUCCAUGAAAGGCUGGCUAGCUAAAUCCAGGUGAAGGCUCUGAGCUCGUAUUGAUUUAACCUUUAAAGCCACUUAAUUCAUGAAGCAAAGAAAAAAAAAUACAAAGGGGUAGAUAAAAAAGAAAAAAAUAAUCCAAAACAAAAUUAGAAACUGUUCCUAAUAUGUUGCACACUUUGCCUGUUUUUAUAGUUGAGGCAUACCCAGCAGCAUAUUCAUGUUUGGCUAUCAGUGGCGACGUCUUUGCCAGAAUGAUGCUGUACUUUUCCACCACAAGUCCGUGAAGCGGUUUGGAGACCAGGUCCUGGGCUGUACACUUUGCUUCAUCUGUGCUUGGGACAUGGGUUAAGUUAGGGUUUAAUUAUUGUGAUGGUGCUCUCAGGAAAUGGGUUUUCACUGUGUGCAUGACUGUAUCUAACAGGAAGUAAAAUAGUGACGGCUGUGAGUUUAGUUGCCCAGGAGAUGUCAACCAGUCAGGCAUAAUUCUCUUGAAAACUUUACUUUGGAAAGCAAAGCUAUAGCCAACCUGCAUUUAAAGUAAAUAAAUGAAUAAAAAGUAAUC